AACAUCAUCAUUCAUCAUUCACCGUCGUUCAACAUUCAUCACUGAACGAACCAAACAAUGAAAAGAAAACAGGUUGAAAAAUCUAAGGUUGUAGACGCACCAACCUUCAGCCUUGGACUAACACAGUCCGAUGACUCAAAGGCUUCAUCAUCGCGUCCUUCUAGACAACUGAAGGGGAAAAUAGAACAGACAAAAGCGAAUGAAAAGAAGCAGUAUAAAAAAACUGUGCAUCAACAAAAUGAUGAAGGAAGUUCAGAUGAUGGUGAAAAAGUAAAGGGGAAAAAGCUGAAGGAAGUUACUGAGCCUGAUCAGAGGUUGAGGCACAAAAUGAGUAUUCCUAAGGUCUACAUCCUUAUGCAAUCCGUGAAUACAAAAAAAUUUAAAAAGAAGAUAGUUGAGGAAUUGAAUCAAUUUGGGUUUGGAGGAAUGUUGCACAUAUGCAACUGGACUAGGAUCCACACAUUCUUUGUGGAUUGGAUAGUGAAUAAUUUUGAGAAAGAUCACAUGUGGAUCAGAUUGAGAAACACAGAGGUGCUCGAAUUGAAACAGGAUGACGUCCACCGCGUCUAUGAGCUUCCAAUGGUGGGAAAGAAGAUAAACACCGAUCUUUGCUCGGAUGCAGCGAUAAAUAGGUUGAGGAGAGAAUUAGGACUGACCGAAAAUUCUUCUCCAUUUGUGAAGGUGGUAGAAUUGGAGAGAGUAUUGAAUACAACUGAGAAAGCAACCGCUUGGGUGAAGGGUGCAAUAUGUUACAUAAUUCACAACCUAUUGUGCCCCACUAACCAUAACGAUGUAUCUCUACAGUAUGCCCACAUAUUAGUAGAUGCAGCCACCGCAUUAUCCCACAAUUGGUGCUCACACAUCCUUGAGUAUAUGAAAGAAGGCCUCCAAAGUCCAGGAGUUGCAAAUCCGUUGGCGGAUUUUCACUUCCUCAUGAUUAACUACUUGGAUAAAAUGGGGAAGAGAAGCCCAUUUCUGACUGGGAAAUACAAGCACCCAUCACUUCGUGAUUGGGAUGUGAAGAUGGCAAACCAAGAUCUUCAGAAAGUCUAUGAUGUUAUGGGACUCGAGAAUGGAUUGACAGCUGGGGUCACACGACUGAAUGCCACUAAUGAAGGACCGGUAGUAUUGUGUUUUGAUGCUGAUACAUGUCCACUAUCUAAGGCAGAAAUGCACCUCAAACAUUGUAGGGCAUGUAUACAAAUCUACAGUACAAGCGCGGACACCUUGGAACGAAGAAUCUCUCAGGCAAAGGGGAAAAAUUUGAGGUAUAAAUCUUCAGCGAAGAGAAAAAAAGUAGUACAAGGAGAAGAUGGACAAGCUCCACAAACACCACUUUCCCCAACACAAGAAACAAUGAAUAAGUUUCCCGAGUAUUUUCGUGAUGGUAAAGCUACGGAUGAAAUGAAGGGAGACAAAAAGGAGGAGAAAUCUGAUGAAAUGGAGGAAGAGAAAAAUGAUGAGAAGAAGGAUGAGAAAGGCGAUGAGGAGAAGUAUGAGGAGAAAGAUGAGAAGAAGGAUGAGGCAAAUGAGACAAAGGAUGUGGGAUGUGGAGUUGAUAAAAAAAAUGAUGAGCAUCCAAGUAGUGAAGAAGAAGAGUUUGAUGUAGAUACGAUGGAUGAUCUAGUGAAGACGGCAUGCAAUGUGGGACUUUCACCCACACAGGAAACAAUUUUGAAGUUUCUGGAAUUUUUUGAUGCCCCUGAAGGUUCAAGAAGAAAAAAAGAAGAUCCAAUGAAGGAGUAGAAGGAUCCGGUGGAGGAGCAGCAUGAUAUUAUAGAGCCAACACCCUUACGAAUUGUGUUGCCGGAUCAAAUUAUAGACCUGAGUCAAGAGGUCACCACGAAGCCAAAAAGGAGGAAGAAUCAAGUCAUGGAGGAUCGUACAUACCUUGACCGUAGACGAGCAGUCAAAAAAUCAAAGUACUUAACAAGUCCUUAUGAUGAUGCUGUUUAUGAGUCAACUGCAUCUAAGUUGCAGAAAGACGUAUCCACCUUUGCUUGGAGCACUGCACUCGAUAAGUCGGAAAUUCUCUACUGCUCCGGAUUUCAUAAAUUCUCUCUUCAACGAUGUGAUUUGUGGACCCUAAACAAGGAUGAAUGGGUGGAUUGCUUUGUUGUCAACAGUUGGGUGAAUUGCUUGAAUUGGGACCAACGUAACGGAGUAAUGAGAAGGCUAGUUACACGAUAUGUCAAUCAUGAAAACUUGGAAAGACCCGGUGCAUUGGAAAUGGAUCAAGCAAGUGCAUUCAAAAGCUUUGUUAACAAGCUUAAAUGGUUCAAAUACCUGAAUUGGAAGAAAAUUGACCCCACUAAACUAGAAUACAUCAUGACACCAGCACUCAUUGGUAAUCCAGGAAGUCACUAUGUGUGCUUUGUUGUUAAUUUCAAAAGCUGCACAUUCCAGUUCUUGAAUAGCAUUAAUGGAGAGAGGUUCCUUGUGAAGUCAGGAGAACCAACCACUUACAAGAAGAUGUUUGAUGUCUGGUUUAAGGAAGUCGAGGCAUUUGUCAUAGAAUUGUAUAAGCAUUAGAAACUGACAAUUCCUUUCGACUUCAGCAAAUUUAAGUGGGAAACUCCCAAAAUGCCAAGUCAACCAGACAAAGACAAUUGUGGAGUUUUCUGCAUGAAGUUCCUAGCUGAAUGGGAAGGUGACAAUAAGACCUCAAUGGACUCUUUCAAAAAUUGGAACAAACUCAAAAAGCAAGACAAAGUGGCAAAGCUAAUGGAUUUGAGGAUUGAAAUAUGCUCCACACUUUUAACUCACAACAGCAAUUCAAAAGUGGAAUAUGUGGUAAACCAAGCAGCUUCUUACUAUGAAGAAAUGGCUCAAAAGCUGCAACAUGAUGUCUAGGUUCUGACUAGGAUGAAAUUUUUUUAUGUAUUCAUUGUUCAGUCUCUGACAUGUGAGUUGGUGUAUGAAGAAUUGGUGGUUCAUGUCUUAAUUCCCAAUUUGGUGGAGAAGGCAUAUUUCACAUAUACAUGAUGUAAUGGUUUCAACUCAGUUUUUGGAAUAGGUAACUUAUCAACGCAAGUAAUGUGUAUGAAGGCAUAUUUUAUCAACUCA